UCGGAGCAGUGGCAAAGGACCACCUCAGCCUACAAUUUCUUUUGAUGGCAUCUAUGCAAACAUGAGAAUGGUUCACAUACUUACAUCAGUUGUUGGAUCCAAAUGUGAAGUACAGGUGAAAAACGGAGGUAUAUAUGAAGGAGUUUUUAAAACCUACAGUCCUAAGUGUGAUUUAGUGCUUGAUGCUGCACACAGGAAAACUGCAGAAUCCAGUCUGGGGCCAAAACGUGAAGAUAUCCUAGAGAGUAUCUUGUUCAAGUCUUCGGAUUUUGUUAUGGUGCAUUUUAAGGAUAUGGAUACCAAUUAUGCAAGAAGAGUUCCUUCAGAAACAGAUGCUUUUACUGAUUCAGCCAUCAGUGCUAAAGUAAAUGGUGAACACAAGGAAAAGGAUCUUGAACCAUGGGAUGCAGGAGAGACUGCUGCUACUGAGGAGCUUGAGGCAUUAGAGACAGAUGUUUCUAAUGGAUGGGAUCCCAAUGACAUGUUUCGUUACAAUGAAGAAAAUUAUGGUGUAGUAUCAACUUAUGACAGCAGUUUAUCUUCUUAUACGGUGCCAUUAGAAAGAGAUAAUUCAGAAGAGUUUUUAAAACGGGAAGCCAGAGCAACUCAAUUAGCAGAGGAAAUUGAAUCAAGUGCCCAGUACAAAGCUCGAGUUGCCUUGGAAAAUGAUGAAAGGACAGAAGAAGAAAAAUAUACUGCUGUUCAGAGAAAUGCUAGUGAACGAGAUGGACACGGUGUCAACACUAGGGAAAAUAAAUACAUUCCACCUGGACAGAGAAACAGAGAUGUCCUGUCCUGGGGAAGUGGACGACAAAACUCACCAAGGAUGGGCCAGUCUGGAUCGGGCCCACCAAUUUCAAGAUCUGGAUCCCACACUUCGGAUUUCAGCUCUAACUCUGGAGCAGACCAGAGAGUAGUUAACGGAGGGCCUCCACGGAUGUCUCCUAAGGCACAACGGCACCCUCGAGGUCACAGAGUCUCUACUGGUAGGGGUACAAUUUCAAGUGGCUUAGAAUUUGUAUCUCAUAAUGCACCAGGGGAAGCAUCUACUACUGCAGUGGCCCGAGGCAGCCCUUCAGGUGGGACGUGGUCAUCAGUUGUCAGUGGGGUUCCAAGAUUAUCCCCUAAAACACACAGGCCUAGGUCUCCAAGGCAGAGCAGUACUCCCACGGGACCAGCUCUGCCUUCUCCUCAGCCUGGUACUAUUCCUACUGAAUCUGUUGCCAUGCCUGUUCCAGCUGCCUCUCCCACACCUGCCAGCCCUGCAUCCAACAGAGCAGUUACCCCUUCCAGUGAAGCUAAAGAUACUAGGCUUCAGGACCAGAGGCAAAAUUCUGCAACUGGAAACAAGGAGAAUAUAAAGCCCAGUGAGACUUCUCCUAGUUUUCCUAAACCUGAAAGCAAAGGUGUAUCUCCAAUUGUUUCAGAACAUAGAAAACAGAUUGAUGAUUUAAAGAAAUUUAAGAAUGACUUUAGGUUACAGUCGAGUUCCUCUUCAGAUGCAGUGGAUCAGCUGCUAAACAAAACUCGAGAAGGUGAAAAAUCGAGAGAAGUGGUUAAAGAAAAGAUAGAAUCAACCCCUAAAGAAUCUGUUAUAGAAACUGGCAGUAAUACUAACUCUAACAGUGGCAGUAGCAAACCUAAUAGUCCAAGUAUUUCUCCAUCAAUAAGUAAUAGUUCUGAGCAAAAGCGAGGGCCAGAGGUAACUUCGCAAGGUGUACAGACAUCUGGGCCUGCAAGUAAACAAGAUAAAGAGGAUAAAGAAGAGAAGAAAGAUGCUUCUGAACAAGUUAGAAAAUCAACACUGAAUCCUAAUGCGAAAGAGUUCAAUCCUCGAUCUUUUGCUCAGCCGAAGCCUUCGACUACACCAACCUCACCUCGUCCGCAAGCUCAGCCUAGCCCCUCCAUGGUGGGUCAUCAGCAGCCAACUCCAGUGUACACUCAGCCUGUUUGUUUUGCACCAAAUAUGAUGUACCCGGUUCCAGUGAGUCCAGGCGUGCAGCCUCUGUAUCCUAUUCCCAUGACGCCCAUGCCUGUGAACCAAGCCAAGACAUAUAGAGCAGGUAAAGUACCAAAUAUGCCCCAGCAACGGCAAGACCAGCAUCAUCAGAGCACCAUGAUGCAUCCUGCCUCAGCCGCAGGCCCGCCAAUUGUAGCUACGCCACCAGCUUAUUCGACCCAGUAUGUUGCAUAUAGUCCCCAGCAGUUUCCUAAUCARCCUCUUGUGCAGCAUGUGCCACACUACCAGUCUCAGCAUCCUCAUGUUUAUAGCCCUGUAAUACAGGGCAACGCUAGAAUGAUGGCACCACCAACACAUGCACAGCCUGGUUUAGUAUCUUCUUCUGCAACACAGUAUGGUGCGCAUGAACAGACGCAUGCUAUGUAUGUUUCCACUGGCUCACUUGCUCAGCAGUAUGCCCACCCCAAUGCUACCCUGCAUCCGCACCCUCCGCAUCCGCAGCCUUCUGCCACACCGACUGGCCAGCAGCAAAGCCAACAUGCUGGAAGCCACCCUGCUCCUAGCCCCGUGCAGCAUCAUCAGCAUCAGGCUGCUCAGGCACUCCACCUGGCAAACCCACAGCAGCAGUCGGCGAUUUACCAUGCAGGUCUCGCUCCAACCCCUCCUUCCAUGACGCCAGGCUCCAACACGCAGUCUCCACAAAAUAGUUUUCCUACAGCACAACAAACAGUCUUCACCAUCCAUCCCUCCCAUGUUCAACCUGCAUAUACCAAUCCGCCACACAUGGCCCAUGUCCCCCAGGCUCAUGUACAGUCAGGAAUGGUUCCUUCUCACCCAACUGCCCAUGCUCCAAUGAUGCUAAUGACGACACAGCCACCCGGUGGUCCCCAAGCGGCCAUCGCUCAAAGUGCACUACAGCCCAUUCCAGUSUCGACAACAGCACAUUUCCCCUAUAUGACGCACCCUUCAGGUGAGGAGUGUGUGCCCGGGAGACCUGCACCUUAACUGAGCCAGGUCGGGUGUCAGCCAAGAUCUUGGGGACAAGGAGAACAAGACCCAAACGAGCCCUGAAAAGUGUCCUUGGACGGCAGCAGUCUGCAGAAAGCAGCUUGGCUCUGCGUUUAGCGUCUAUACGUUGCCAGCCCGAGUGCAGGCCCAGCCAUACGUGCAAGAUAGAGUUAAUUUAGCAAAGGCUUUGCCUGGUGGGUUCUCCAGGGUGGAUGAGGGUGCAGACCCGGGCGCUGCAGGGCUCCCUUCACCCGGGCUCUGCCUUGGGGUUGGGCUGCAUGGCCCCUCUUUAAUAAUCUGGGCUUUUACCAAAUUCAGAGGGGUUGGUCUUGAAGGUAGCAAUGAAAAUAUUCCCCAAAGGGUAGGGCUGUAGACUUCUGCGAGCUGAAGUAAAAUGGCUUUAGAAGUCCCGUCUUUAAUUCAGAGCAACAUUCAACAGCUUUGUUUGGGGGAAAAGUAGAGGCUAUAUGACUGUCUAUGUUAAAUUUAAUUCAUACCUAGGUGUCUGUAUUUUUUUUUUUUAAUUUAUUUAUUUUUUUUUCCAAACAGCCUCUGAACUCUUGUAGGGAACUAGAUGCCUGAUUUUAUGUCUUGGGGGAUGUGUAAGGAGAACAAGGAUGCUGUCCGAGGGGUUAGGUAGGAAAAUAAAGCAAGCAAACAAAGGGCAUCUUGGUAUGCAGGGGGUUGUUUUUUGUUUUUUUUCUUUCUCUUAUUUUUUUUUAAAAAAAAGGAAUUUGAGCUCAGUAGUUGUCCUGUGACCACUUUACUAGCGAACUGUUGUGUGGCUUGCCAAUUUAUUAUUUACAUUUGAACUUUUUUUUUACAGUACAAGCCCACCACCAACAGCAGUUGUAAGGCUCAUCUGGAAUAACUGAAAGGCUGGAUACCUUUUAUAGGCCAAAUACCCUCCUUCUACUGCUUCUGCCAACUGGAAGCACAGAAAACUAGAAUUUCAUUUUAUUUUGUUUAAAAAAAAAAAAAUUGAUUUCUUGUAACAUCCACUAGGAAUGCUAACAGUUCAUCUUGCAGUGGGAGAGAUUCGGACUGAGUAGAGGCAUUUAGGAACUUGUGGGCUAUUCCAUAAUUCCAUGCACUGUAUCUGAGUCCUGCAAAUGCCCCAACUCUGCUUGCUGAAAACUGGAAGUUAUUUAUUUUUUAAUGACCCUUCAAAGUUAUGAACUCAUCAGCUAGCAAAAGAAGUAACAAGAGUGAUUCUUGCUGCUAUUAUCACUAAAAAUCAAGACUUGGAGAUCCCUUUUACUUCUAACUAAACUUGAAACAGGUUCAGUUAAAAAAAAAAAAAUCUAAUCGUCAAACUGAUGAAUUAUUAUUUAUAAAUCACGUUUGAUGAGAUGAUCACUAUCGUGAGACAGUGAUGUAACUUUUAAGUUAAGAAAAC